GCGAGGAGGGGGGAUGUGGGAAGCCGCAGGGGAGGCUGGGAAGUCUUUGUUUCCGUUGAGAAAAGUGGGUUCUCGUUCAUUCCCUUCAAGGAUUUGGCGUCCUCGUCCCGCCCUCGACUCUUCUCCGUCGACCCGGCUUCGUCCUCUACACGGAGCUGGAUUCCUCCACAGAAGGAGACUCCGCUUUCUCAAGAUCAGCUGCAGGCAAAGUGCGCUUCUUUUGUUUACAGAAGCAAGCCUUGCCAUUGUACAGAGAAAAUGGCUUCUCACCUGGAGGAAGAGCCAAGAUUUACAACCUUGACUUCUGAGAACUAUUUAGAUUGGAAAAUUCGCCUACGAUUUGUCUUAAAAGCCAAGGAGCUACUGGGGAUCACUGAAGAGGAUCCACCUGCAGAUGGGACUACGGCAGCAGAGAAAGCCACAAAAAAAGCUUGGCAGUUGAAGGAUGCGAAGGUCAAGGCCCUGAUCGUCAAUACAGUGAGUUGGCAGACUUUAUCUACCAUAAGGGAACUGCAGACAGCCAAGCAGAUGCUAAAUAAAUUAGACUCCAUGCAUCUGAAAAAGGGAUGGGCUUACACAUAUUCCUUAAGAAGAAAAUUACAAAAUCUCCGUUACCAAGAAGGAGGCUGUUUUAUAACUCAUGUGUGUGAGUUGCAAGGUUUCUUUGCAAAAUUUAAAGCAGCAGGAGAUGAAUUUGGGGAAUAUGCAAAACUGGCGACUCUUCUCUUAAGUCUGCCUCGAAGUUACAGUGGAAUAAUUCGUCAGUUGGAAACCCAUACAGAUUUAACCUUUGACGAGGCAGUACAGCAUAUAUCUACUGAAGCUGCUGUGAGACAAAUGCGGAACAAUCACUGCAAUGAACUAUCAGAAAACUUUGCUCUUAAAUUGACAUGCCAUACCUAAGAAAUUCCCAGGAAGGAGAGGAAUUCUGCUAGGGGAAACCACAAGGCCCCUCAUUUACAAUACUAGAGAUCUGACUUAGUUGCCAAGAAAAUGCAGUCCAAAGGGAGAGGUCAUGUGACUGUUGCCAGAGAAAUGACUUUCAGGAAUAUGAGCUGUUUCCUCCAAAUGUUUCUUAUGUAACCAGCCUGGCCACCGGGUGGCAAACUGUCCCAAUAAUCAAGUAAGAGGGACACACUUUACUGAAAGGAGAGAUUUAUUCUAGAUCACUGAGAUUUAUUCUAGAUCACUCUGCUCUCUGCUCUUGCGCUGUUUACAUCAGGGUAACUCUCAUAUUGAGGGGCCCGCCGUUCCUCCUUUUUGGGGAAGGUUUUAAAUGUGGGUUUUUCUGGACACCUCUUAUUUAUUUAAUUAUUACCACUGUUUAUAUGAAGUUUUUAGAAAGUUUUAUUGAUUCUUAAUUGGAUGGAGUUUAUGUUAUUUGUAUACUGUGUUGUAUGAUUUGCUCCUUUAUUCAAUAUUGUAUGAUUUUAUGUUGUACACCGCCCGGAGCCCUUCGGGGAUCGGGCGGUAUAGAAAUCCAAGAAAUAAUAAA